GCCAGUUGACCAAAUAUAAGAAGGGAAAGAUAUCUGAACGCAGCAUCAGUACCCCCAAAUAUCAAAUAACAUCUUAGAACGCCACAGAAGCCUUCACAGACAAAGAGAUGCUUCUCUCUGUCCUCCUUGUGUUGGGCCUCUGGCUGGUGCCCAGUCAAUCCAAAGCGAUGGAGAAAAGACUCGGCAGUCCUUUUCUUCAUAAAUGCUUUGAAGAAGCAAAGAAAAUAGUAGACGAUGCAUACAAAUACUCAAGAGAAGAGAGCCUCAGACGGGUCCGCAAGGAUGUGGUGCAGCCUCAUGAUGCUCUUCGUCUCAUGAAGCAACCACGCGGUGACACUCGUUCAGCUGUGCGUUCUGCUGACUACAUGGCACAGACUCUCCGUUUGGUCCAAGAGAAAGUGCAUCGUGUGCACAAGCGCUCCCUCAAUGCAACAGAUUUACUCACGGACCAGGAUAUGAAAGAACUUGCCCGGAUUACUGGAUGUGAGGCUCAAACCAGAAAUCCACCGUGUCGCAACACACCAAAUAUCAACAAGUAUCGCACAGCCACCAGCGUCUGCAACAACUUAAAAAACCCUCGCCUUGGUGCCUCCAACACCCCAUUCACCCGCUGGUUGCCCUCUGAGUACGAUGAUGGCAUCUCCCAACCAAAAGGAUGGAACAGAACCCGCAGAUUCAACAACUUCUUGCUCCCAUUGGUGCGGCAGGUGUCCAAUAACAUCUUGAGCACAACAGAUGCAGGCGUUGCCAACGACACAGAGUAUUCUCACAUGGUGACCUUGUUUGGCCAGUGGAAUGACCAUGACCUCACCUUCACACCAUUUUCACCAAGUAUCCGCUCCUUUAGCAAUGGACUGAACUGUGAUGAAAGUUGCGAGCAAAGUGAGCCAUGCAUCCCUAUCCCGAUCCCUCCUAGAGAUCCCCGGAUUCCCUCCCGCCCAGAUACCUGCAUCCCAGCCUUUAGAUCUGCUCCUGCCUGUGGAACGGGUUACUCUGCAUUUAAUUUUGGUGGAGAACCCAGCAAGAGGGAGCAGAUCAAUUCACUGACAGCCUUUCUGGAUCUGGGACAAGUAUAUGGCUCAGACGAGAAACUUGCCCUGAGCCUUCGAGACCUCACCAGUGAUGCCGGCCUGCUGCGCGUCAACACCGAAUUCAGGGACAACGGACGCGAGCUGCUGCCCUUCCACCCCCUGCAGGUGCAAAUGUGUGCCACCCGCAAAAGAGUCACCAACGCCACCAACGCCAGGGAGGUGCCCUGUUUUAUAGCAGGUGAUGGCCGUGUAGACGAGAACAUCGCCCUGACAUCUAUCCACACCCUGUUUGUGCGUGAACACAACCGUUUGGCUCGUCAGCUGAAGAGGCUGAAUCCACACUGGGACAGUGAGACUCUCUACCAAGAGGCCCGCAAGAUCAUGGGUGCUUACACUCAGAUUUUUGUCUUCAGGGAUUAUCUUCCUCACAUAGUUGGUCCUGAUGCAAUGCGCAGACAGCUCGGACGUUACCCCGGCUACAGCCCUAAUGUUGACCCCAGCAUCGCCAAUGUGUUUGCGACAGCCGCUUACCGUUUUGCUCACCUGGCCAUCCAGCCAGUUUUGUUCCGACUGGAUCCAAACUAUAGAGAGAACCCUCGUUUCCCCAGUGUCCCCCUGUACGAGGCUUUCUUCACCCCCUGGAGAGUCAUUUUCGAAGGCGGAAUCGACCCUUUGCUGCGUGGUCUGAUAGGACGUCCUGCUAAAUUGAACACCCAGGAUCACAUGAUGGUGGAUGCCCUGAGGGAGAGGUUGUUCCAGUUUGUGAUGCACAUGGCUCUGGACCUGGGUUCUCUGAACAUGCAGAGGAGUCGAGAUCAUGGCCUACCUGGCUACAAUGCCUGGCGCAGGUUCUGUGGUCUGUCCCAGCCUCGUAACCGGGCAGAGCUGGCUAAUGUUUUGAGGAAUCCCACCCUGGCUCGUAAGCUGCUGGAGCUCUACGGGACCCCCGACAACAUCGAUGUGUGGCUUGGAGGUGUCGCAGAGCCAUUUGUGCCUGGUGGCCGUGUGGGUCCUCUGUUGGCCUGCCUCAUUGCAACUCAGUUCCAGAGGAUUCGUCAGGGUGACAGACUAUGGCACCAGAACCCUGGUGUUUUCACGCCACAGCAGAGGCAGGCUCUGUCUGCUGUUACACUCUCCAGAGUCAUCUGUGACAACACCGGCAUCACGUCUGUGCCCAGUGAUGCUUUCAGCGUCGACUCAAGCAGGAACCGUCCUGUAUCCUGCUCCACUCUGCCUCGCCUGGAUCUUUCUGCAUGGACGGAGAGACCCUCCAUGCUCUGUGACUCCGGAUCUUCUGCUGGUUGUUUAGAGUCCAAUGGCGGAGAGAACCCAACCCAGACGGAUGAACUGAACAAUCUGGACCCUCUGGAUCUCCAGGACCCUGUGGACCCCGUAAAUGUUCAUGGUCCUCUGGACUUCCAGGAACCUCUGGAUCUGCAAGAAGCAUUGAAAUUUAAAACCAAGGAGAACCAGCAAGGCCAUUCAGCCCCAGAUGCCCUCUAGGAUGACCAAUAUUCAAACAUCAGUGUCCCUUUCUGGAUUACGGCCCACACACAGAGACAUUCAUUUGUUUCCAUCAUAAAGAAACUAACCAAGCCAACAAAGAUCUUGAACACAUCAGUUUAUAUUCCUCAAUCAUUGACUCUGCGCUUCUUCCAUUGGAACAGAAAUCUGAGAUUACAAUGAAAAUUGUCAAGCUGGCCAUCAACAUUUUCUUCUCAGGACAUUUGUUCUUCACUAUGGGAUAUAAAUAGACCCUGUGGAGUACUCAUUACUUUAGACCGACAUUUAGCUUUUUCAAAUAUAGAACUAGCAACUACUAUAGAACAACUGGAAUCAACAUUUAGUUUACUAGUUACUAAUAGCAGAAGCAACCAACAUUUAGCUUUGCAUAUUUACUAAUAGCAGCCCUGAACAAGAAUAUGGAGUGCUUAUUACUUCAGACCAAUAUUUAGCUUUUUACUUUUAAUAUCAGAGCAAGAUCUAGAGAAACUCCUACUAGUUUACUUAGAAACCCAGAAAAAGAAUCAUACAUGGAGAACCAACAUUUAGCUUUAUACUGUAUACUUAUUAAUAGAAUCAAACACUGAGAAACAAACUUAAGACCAAUAGAAAAUCCUACUACUUUAUAGAUUAUGAUCCACUUAUUGUUAUUAAAUAUGGGGAACCAGUGUUUAGUUUUGUACUUCAACGUUUAUCUUUGGUUUUGUUGUUUUCUUUGCAUUUUCUGCUAAAUCAUGUAAAGCAGUGGUCCCCAACCACCGGGCCGCAGACUGGUACCGGUCUGUGGACCAAUAAUUAAAAAUGUCCUUUCUAUGUAUUGAACGGCUUUUAUUUUGAAAAUACUAAACCGGAAGCUGUCGGUUAAGUCUUGCGCCCCAACAUGCAGCAGAAUGAGUAAGAAACAACGGCAUCGGUCUUGAUCCUUACAGUCUAUUAAACCAAAAAUUAGCAUUUGGCCAAGUUUGACGGGAUUAACCAGUAUUAAAUUGUGAACAUGUUAUGCACUAAUAACUUGUACCUUAAAAUCUUAUGUUAUGCUUUGUUUGCUAAUAUUUUGCUUUACUGCAACGUUGUUGUCUUAUAUUGACUAUUGCAUUCAAUAAAGCAAUUGAGUAAUCACUGA